AUGGCUUCUCCGCUUCACCGACAUUGCUCAUCCUUGGAUGAAGUCAUCUUUCCCGACCAGCAAUGCUUGACACCAGAAGAGCAUGAUAAAGCCACGAAGCUUUUUGACAAGCUAAUUGAACGUUUCGAGCCUUUACAGACAUCGAACAAAGAUUAUAGACCACUAACACUUAUACGCCUCACGAAAGAGGAGGUCUCUGCUGAAGAUGAGUUCCUGAUCCUCUUCUUCACUCUCAUCGAACACGAUCAUCUUGGAGUCACAACAGAAAUCAGAGUAGCUGAGGUCCUAGCAAGGUUACACACUUUUGAGAGAUGGACUUCCGAAGAGCAAAACAUCCUUCUUCAAUGUUUAGUCCACUUCGCCGAUUAUCUGAUAGAUAAUUUCUUCUUACCACAUUCAUUAGAACCAACUAUUGGCACUCCACAGCACAUCCCUGAUCUACGACAAGCCUGUCUCACGCGUGACCGCCAUCGAUGUGUCGUGACCCGAAAGUUCGAUAUUCGGGAGGCUGAAAAGAGAUGCAAGGUACUAGAUGGAGAUAACGUGAAAGACGAUGACGGGAAUCCUUUGCUGCAGGAAGCUAAAGGCAUGACCUAUCUCGAAGUAGCGUAUAUCAUUCCUCAUUCUCUCAUGUCUCAUAGUGACAUACAUAUUGCUGGAGAAUCGAAAUUAGCUACUCACAAGAUCCUAAUGAUGUUCGACCCAAAAACUAUUUCCCUCAUCAACAAAACCAACAUUAACCAACAACUUCUAAACACGCUAACCUUAACUCACGACCUUCAUCAAUCAUUUCGUGCUUUCGAGAUCACCUUCGAACAAGUCCAGGAUCAUCCACACACAUACACAAUCAACUAUAUCGACCCAAACCGCAUGUUCCGAAUCCAUAGACUUCCUAUCACCCGCACGCUCUAUGCCACCCCCAACGGAAGUAUAGAACCACCAUCCCCUCAACUUCUGAAAGUCCAUCAUUCUAUCGGGCGCAUUCUUCACUUCAGUGCUGCCGGCGAAUAUCUCGAUAAAUUCAUCCAAGACAUGGAAGAAAUGGAAGAAGGAGGGGGAAUCUGCUCGAAUGGGUCUACUCGCGUUGAUGAUUAUGUUCGAUGCGUGGCUUUUGACUACAGUGCUUUGUAUGCUUGGGUUCUGAAGAGCCCGGCUACUUAG